AUGAGUAAUGAUGGUACUGGAAGUAAUUUUACGCCAAGAGACAACCUUGACAACUACGACCAUUCCAGCGACGACCUUGCCAGCGACGUGUCAGCGGGAAGAACAAGACUUUUAGGAACUUUUGCUGGAAUUGGGAAUAAUUGCAAUAACAUGAUUGGUGCUGGAAUAUUUGCAAGCCCUGGUCUAGUUUUAAAUGAAAUCCAGUCUCCUGGGAUAGCAUUAAUUUUAUGGACAGUGGGUGGAAUUGUCACCUUGUUUGGGUCACUUUCUUAUGUCGAGUUAGGAAGUUCUAAACCAGAUGGAGGCGGAGAAACUGUGUAUUUGGAGCAAGCAUAUCCUCAUCCAAAAGCACUAUUUAGUUACAUGUUUAGUUUUGCCAUGAUUGUGGUAAUACAACCAGCUUAUAUGUCUGCAAUAGCGAAUGUAUUCGCACAAUAUUUCUUAUAUUUAGUCAAAGCAAAAGGACGUUGUGACAUUGAUUAUCUGCAUCCUAAGGAAUACAUUGCUGAUUGGAAAUUUUGGCAACUACGACUUUGUUCGUUAGCUGCAGUAGUUAUCAUCACAACUUACCAUAUUCUAUCCAACAAAUGGGCAAAUCAUAUAAAUCAAACUUUUACAAUUAUAAAGAUGGCAACACUGCUUACGAUAUCGAUUAUUGGACUAGCAACAAUUCCUCAACUUAUCAAUGAUGAAAAUACAAAUUGGAAAAAUAUGUUUCCUAAUAAUAGGAAUAUCAGUGCACACUCUUUGACUGCUGCGUUUAUUCCUAUUUUAUUUUCAUAUGGUGGCUGGAAUAAUUUAAAUUAUACUUUGGAUGAAUUCGUCAAUCCACGAGAAAAAUUAUUCUUAUCAAAUAACUUUUGUGCUAAUAUCGCAUAUACGAAUGUACCAUUAUCAAAAAUCACCGACAAUAAUGAACCUUCAGAAAUCAUCGCUAGCCAACUCGCUUUCCAAGUCGGCGGUUUUAAUUUAGCUCGUACAUUAUCCUUUUUCGUCUGUUUAUCAGCUUUCGGAGCAUUGGCUGCAAACAUAUGGGCUGGUUCGCGAGUAAUAGUAGCUGCUGCUAAAAGGAAAUAUAUGCCUUUUUCGUCGUGGUUCCAAAAAUGGAAUCCAGAUACGGAUACGCCAAUUUUUGCAUUGAUAACACAAGGAGUUUUGUCUUCCUUGAUCAUUAUCUUUUUUCCAGAUAAUGAUCCAUUUGUAUUUUUUGUUAGUUUGGGUGAGUAUUGCAUUUGGAUAUUUCUAUUUCUGAGCGCUUUAGGAUUAUUGUUUCUGCGCUAUUCUGAACCCAAUUUAGAUCGCCCAUUCAAGGUGUUUAUUUUAAUACCUGUAUUAUUUAUUAUGUUCACAUUAUUUAUCAUAAUUGGGUCUUUUGUAAAUGAUUCAUCAAUACAAGAGCAACAACAAUUAGAACAGCCCAAAACACCCAAAGACGAUCAAUUAUGUGAAAGUUACAAAGGCCACAAAUACGCAGCAUACAAAUAUUACCUUCCUUAUGUCCUCAGUUUUGUGGUGAUAGGAGUUGGUGCAAUUUGCUGGUACUUUUUAUAUCACAUUAAAUUCGAGAUACGAACAACAUUCAAUCGUCGGAAUGUAGAAGUCACUGAAAACAAUUGA